AUGGAGUCCCUGCGGCGGCUGACGAGCUCCGUGUUCGACGCGGGCCCCGUGCGCCUCGUGCGUCGCGCCAGCAUGGGCGACGUGCGGCCUCCCGACGCUCGGUCGCUGGAGCUGACGUUCAUGACGGAGCGGCUCGUCGUGGCGGGCGUCCCGAGCUGCGGCGCGACCGACAAGAAGCAGAACACGGUGAACGCCGAGGAGCUGGCGCAGUUCCUGGACGCGAACCACCGCGGCCACUUCAUGCUCUUCAACCUCAACGCGCUCGAGGACGCGGCAGCCAGCGUGGCCGAGGCGCUGCACGAGCAGCUGCUCGAGUUCAACUGGGAGCGCGACGGCAUGAAGGCGCACACGCCGCCGCUGGACCUGAUCUUCCGCAUCUGCUACGCGCUGGACGCGUGGCUCUCGCUGGACCCGCAGCACGUGGCGCUCGUCAACUGCCAGACGGGCAAGACCCGCAGCGGCGUCGUCGUGGCCUGCUACCUGCUCUUCGCGCGCCUGGCGGACGACCCGACCGACGCCUUCGUCGAGUUCUACCGCAAGCGCUGGGACAUGAAGUCGCUCACGCCGCAGGCGCUGCGCAACAAGACGCCGCCGUCCAUCCAGCGCUUCCUCGCGGGCUUCCACGAGCUGCUCACAGAGCACAAGGCGCCCAACGACAAGCCGCUGCUGCUCAAGGCCAUCAUCUUCCGCCAGCUGCCCGUGGAGCUGCAGCCCUGCGUGCAGAUCUGGGACGACUACAAGCUCGUGUUCUGCACGGACGCGCUGCACAGCGGGGAGGGCGUGGCAGGAGCUGCAGCAGGAGGAGAGACGCCCGUGCUGGACUGGAACGAGGAGGACGGCUUCUUCGCCAUCCUAUGGGAGAACGGCGUCGAGCUGGACGGAGGCUUCUCCAUCUUGUGCUCCUUCGGAGAGGACUACGACAACGCCGACGACGUGGACGCGUCCUCGAGGGUGCUCUUCCGCUACGCGGACUCGACGCUGUUCCUGCUGCCGGGGCUGGUGACGCUCAAGAAACACGAUCUGGACCUGAUGAAGCAGUACGAGCACGGGUUCGACGAGGACCAGUUCUCGGUGGACUUGGUGCUGCAUGAGAGCAACGCGCGAAAGCCGCGGAACUCCGGACUCGUGGAGAUCACCAAGCACCACGUGGUUCUGCCCGACCCAGCCAUGCACUCGAACUUCAUCCGCAUGGGCUUCUGCGAAACGCCCACGACGUUCGCGCUGCAGUGCUCUCAGAACGCGCCCAAUGUGGCGCUGGACCUCCUGCACUCGAAAGGUUUGUCGGCCUGCUUUGCACAGGAAGCAGCGGAGAUCGCGGCCAAGAAGGAGCAAGAGGAAGCGGCCAAGGACAACCAGAAGCCUGACUCCCCUACAGAAAGUGACCGACAGCCGCUGCUGCGUCGACAGACAACAGCGGAAAUCGCUGCAAUGCAGUCGCAACGCUCGCGGUACUCGAUCCCGACAGCAGUGGACUCGUCGUUGUGCGACACCUGCAAGGAAGACGACUACAUGAUGCGCCCGCAGAUUGUUCGCUGUACCACGAGCGCCGCGGUUGCGAUUUCUUUAGCGAACACUCUCGCGGCCGCAACCUCUACAGCACCUGCACCGUCUAAAGUGGAUACGAAAGCUGCGUUGCUCAGUGAGCUCAAAACUGCGAGAAAGCCUAGCGAGACGUCAGCUGCGAGCAGUGGAAACACCAAGUACACGUUGAUGCUGAAGCACGGUGUGCCGUUUGAAGCUGUUCAAAAUUGCAUGCAGAAGGACGGCGUUGAUCCCUCGACCUUGAAGCCCCUCUCUCCAGUUGAGAAGGCCCCGGCGGAUGAAGGUGAUGCAGUUGAAGUGGCCGAUGCUCAGAAAACAAGGCUGAAGGAUAUGGAAGAGUAUAGCAGCUACUUCCGAAUGCUGCGGAUGGGGUGUCCGAAGGAAGCAGUGAAACAAAAAUUAAUGAUGGACGGAGUCGACCCAAUAAUCCUGGAUUUGGGACCGGAUGCCGUCUACGACGAGGUGAAGGACCGCAUUGUCGCUACGCAGAGUGUGUCGAAGCUUCAGGACGACAUUAAAUGUGUGAACUCGCCUACAAGUAGCAGCGAGAAAGAUUCUCAUUCGGAAGUUUUACUGAAGGACCAUGAAGUCUACGCGAAGUACUUCAAGAUGCUCAAGAUGGGACUGCCCGAGGGUGCUGUGCGGCAGAAAAUGAAAGCAGACGAAGUUGAUGAGCGUGCUUUGGACUUGGGUGGAGACGCGCCCUUCUCGAAGCUGCCGAAACCUGCAGAGAAAGAAGUCUCGGUUGACCCCAAGAACGACAUGAAGCUCAAGGAUGAUCCAAAGUUCGCCAAGUAUUUCAAGAUGCUGCAGAUGGGGCUACCCGAGGGUGCAGUGAGGCAAAAGAUGAAGGCUGAUGGCGUGGAUGACCGAGCUUUGGAGCUUGGCGGUGAUGCGAUGGUGUCGCAGCUGGCAGGGGGGUCUGGUGGAAAUGAUGUCAAGCUCCAGGACGAUCCAACGUACGCCAAAUACUUCAAGAUGCUGAAGAUGGGGCUUCCGGAAGGAGCGGUUCGCCAGAAAAUGAAGACUGAAGGCGUAGACGAGCGUGCUCUUGAUUUGGGUGGAGAUGCUUUCGUGUCAGAGUUAACUCCUUCGAAUAACGACGUCAAGCUUCAAGACGACCCUGUUUACUCCAAGUACUUUAAGAUGCUGAAAAUGGGGCUUCCUGAGGGCGCAGUCAAGCAGAAAAUGGUGACGGAAAAUGCUGAUGUGCGUGCCUUGGAGCUCGGACCGGACGCCACUGUUACUCAACUGACGUCUGGCGGUGAGACGAAGGAAAGAGCCGCAGCAGUGAAGCCAAAGCGUCCACGAAAGAAGCUGCACUGGCAGCCCAUUUCGGAGGACCGACUGAGCAACCUCAACCAGCAGACGAUUUGGGAAGAUGAAGAUGAUGAUGUGGACUUUGACAUGGACAUGGACGAGCUGGAGGCGCUUUUCUUCGCGAACCAGAACACGGGCAGUGGCAAGAAGAGCUCGUCCCGUGGUCAGAGUAAGGCUCUGAAGCGGAAACAAUCCGUGACUUUAAUUGACGGGAAGCGCGCCAUGAACGCUGCGAUCUCGUUGGCGCGGGUCAAACUUUCUUACAGCGAGAUCGCACAAGCUGUGAUCAAGUUCGACCCGAACGGUCUGACGCUCCAGCAGCUUGUGGGGAUCAACGAGUUCCUGCCCACGUCUGAGGAAGCUGCAUUAGUGUCAGGGUAUGCUGGAGACAAGGAGAUGCUAGGAGAGGCUGAGAAGUUCAUCCUUGAAAUCUCAAAGGUUAAGCGGUAUGCGCCUCGCAUGGAGAGUCUGGUGUACAAGUUGUCCUUCACUUCACGUAGUGCGGAGCUCUCGGCCUCGUUAUCCCAUCUACAGAAAGCAGGCGAGGAGGUCAAGGGGAGUCGAUUGCUCAAGAUUUUGCUGGCUAUGGUGCUCAAGCUGGGCAACACCCUGAACGGCAGCGGCGAAGACAACGGGAUCAAGGGAUUCACGGUGGACUCGCUGCUGCGAUUGGGGCACACGAAGGCAGUGAACCAGAAGACGACGGUGCUUCACUACCUCGUCCGGCUCGUGAAGAAAAACCAUCCCCAGGUGCUCGACUUCCAGGCCGAGCUGCGAAGUGUCCCUUUCGCAGCGCGCGAAUCCUUCGACACUGUUGACGAAGAGUACAAGAAGCUGGAGAGGGGGCUCACGAGUCUCAACAACGAGCUGGCACUUCUGGAAAAGCAAGCGGUCGAGAGCCUGGGGCUGGAGGUCACGAUCAAGUCGAUGCAGACUGCCGCCUCCGAAAUCGAGGCACAGAUGAAGGCGCUGAAAGAAGGGAUCGGCCGAGCAAGGGAGGAGGUGUCAAGCGUGCUGGACUACUUUGGAGAAGACCCGAAGCGAAACCCGACGGAGUUCUUCACAACGCUGGCUUCGUUUUGCACGAUGUUCCAACACGCACGGAAUGAGGUCGACGCUGCGGACGAAGCUGCGCAGCGGGCAGAGCGCUUGAAGAUGCGUCGGGCGAACAGCAUGAGACCCCAGCCCAAGCCGAGCAACGGACCGACGUUGAAGGUGUCGCGUCCAAUUCUAGAGCGAUCACAGACCGAACGCUCGCUCGACACGCGACAUUCCAACGAAAACUAA